CUUUUGUAUCCGGAAGAAUAUGUGAAGCUAGCUCGUCUGCUAAUUGAAAUAUAACUUCUUCCGCAUAUGUUAUAACACAUGUUGUAUGUUUAAAUCUCUGUAUUUAGAAAGUACGCAAUUGUAACUUGUAUGUGGAGCUUUUUGCUGGCUUACUGCUGCUUUAUAUGAUGCUAUAGCAAGCUAGCCUCCAGGAGCUAAGUCACAAAGUGCAGCAUGAAACCCAUGAUACUGAGGCAGUGUGUUCUCCAUGGACCUAGUGGAUCAUGCCUCUGAUCCUGUUUGCCUUCGUGGUUCGGCUCAGGGAUGGACUCCCCCUGUCGGCCUCCACAGACUUUGAACACUUCCGAGAGCUCCAGGAGAGGAAGCAGCAGCUCAGGACCAUCAGCAAGACCCUGGCCCGAUUCCCUGAGAGAGGGACCGUCAAGGGCCAGGAGCUCAACAUAUUCUUCAUCUCUUCAGAGGGAGUGUCCUACAUGACGGUGUGUCACUGCAGCCUCCCUGUGGCUAAGGCCUUCUGCUUCCUGGAAGACCUGCGCUGGGAGUUCACAACAUGCUUCAAUAGCACUGCUGUUUCCCUGGCAGACAGGCCAUAUCCAUUUUUGGAAUUUGACAGCACCAUUCAGAAGCUGAAGCAGCAGUACAACCAGAGUGGGGGUCCGGCGCUGGAGGUGACGUUGGCAGAGGUCCAGGGGGAUCUGAUCAUCCAUCCACCGCAAGAAAUUAACCUGGAGGAAGUGGAUCUCACCAACGGCACUGCUAAUGGACACAUGGAGCAAGGCCCUGCAUCAGGUCAGAAUGUUAGACUGGAACCAGUGACGGCGCCAGGCAUCCUCUCUCUGGUUCUUAAUAUCGUGUGUGCAUCGUUGAACAUAAUCCGUGGUGUUCACCUCAUAGAGUACACAUUUCAGGAUGAUUAUGAAGGCGUCUGGAACGUUGUGGCGUUUCUGAUGGCGUUUGUCUGUUGUGUGUGUCAGUGCCACCUCUACCUGUUCCACUCCUCUCUGAAGAAACACAAGUCCUUCGCUCUGCUGAGUGUGAUCGUCCUAUGCAACCUCUACCUGCUCGGCCUGAGGAACCCGUGGCAGCUGCUCUUCCACAUCUCAGUGGCCUGCAUCUCCACCCUCCUCAUCCUCCGCCGCAAACUCAUAGACAGAAGCAAUGACUGUGGAGUCUGAGGAUGAGAGGACAUUUUUACUACGUUGCAGCGCGCACAGCUUGAGGUAUGAAGAUGGGUUUUUAUCAUAAAAUCAUUCAUUUUGUGUCGUAACGGACAAUUAUAACUACAAGUUGAUAUGUUCUUGUAUACAGUAUGUACUUGCACUUUGUGUACAUUUGUUUUCAAGAGAAUGAAAGUGACUAUUUCUGGAACUUUAAAAUGAUCUGCAAAAGCGUCGAGGUUUUAGAAACAAAAUGUUUGUGCCAUCCUGUUCCAAAAAUGUCAGAAUUGCUGACCAAAGUUUUUCAUGAAGAUACAAUCCAGUCCUCCUAUUUUUAAGCAUUCCAGCGCUCGUACUGCUCAGUAUUAUAUCUGCUUUACAGGCUUUGUGUAAUCACAACGCUGAGUGACAGUUGGUGAUUGUAACAUAUGCUAGUUAGUAGUGAUAUAGUGCAUCUGCAUUGGUAAUGGUGGGUUUGAUUUGAAGUCAGAAACAGUCGGGUAACGCGGACAAUGCAGCUUUUUUAAAAUGUAUUUUGCAUUAUUUAAUCAAUAGGCUUCAGUAAAACCCUAAUGCAGAGGUGUAAUUAUUAAUCUGGGGGUUGUUUCGCGCCUUAUUGUAUGAAAAAUAUUAUUUUAUUUUUGUUUGAUUGUGUUGUCUUAUACACCGGCAAGUGCUCAGCUAGUCAUUGCAAAGGAUCAAAUGUAAGGGCUCCGUUAUUUAAUGACUACAUUCAAUACUGAGGGAAUAUAAGUGUUAUAUUCAUUAUGUUUAAGGCAUUGCUAUUUAACACAGUUUGUGAUAUUAAGAGACAUUUAUCACAUCAACUACAUUUUUGUACGAUCAAAGCAGAUUCUUUUUUCUACUGAUCUCGCCAUUUUUAAAUUGUAAAAACUGCGGGUAUAAAUAUGAAGGCACUGAUUUCAUGGGUAAAAUUGUUUUGAAAUUAGUUGGAGUUUAUUUAUUUGGACUGCACUAUUAGGCUAAGAUUUGUUUUGCGUUGGUUACGGCGAUUAUUCUUGAAUGUGCUGCAUAUCGGGUUCAGCUUUUUAUAUCCUGAUUUAUGUUUACUUACACUUGUCCCUGUAUGUAGUUCUCAGAUUCCUAUAAACAUAUCAAAUCACAUGUUAUGAUCAAUGUUUGAAUAUAAAACAGUAGAGCUGCUAAACUUAUAGGAAAUGUCUAAUUUUACUUAAUUAUUUUUAAUGUUUUGGGUAUUUAGCUUCGUAGAUAUUCAUUUAUUUAUAGCUUAACAGUUGCACUAAUGUCUGUUAAGCGUGGGAAUUAAUUUCUCGGUUUAUAGUGUUUGACAAACGAGUACCGUUGUGGCAUUGUGUAAGUAUUUUACAAAGAAAGUAGGGAAUUUUAGUUUAGAUAAAGUCACUGUUAGUUAGUACAAAGCGUGAGGAAACAGUUGAGCCUUUUAAUACAAAACUAAAUUUGUUCCUAAAAAAAUGUUUGGCUAAUUUGUGAGAAUUACACUGGCUUUGAGGAGUAAACUGUUGUCUCUAAAUGGUCUUUUACUGGCUCAAUUUCGGAUAAAAAGUACCAUUUUUUAAAUAUUUUCUGUGCAGAUAAUUAGUCUAUCUGUAAUAUCUUUCAUAAAAAAAGAGGGUUUUACUGAACCACCAUUUGUACUGUUGAAAACAAGUUAUUUAACGUAAAUUGUAAAAUAAUGUGGGAGAUAUUUGAACAUUUGAAAUGGAAAUGAAGGAUAAUUUAGUAGAUUAUGAAGGUAAAUAACAUACAGUAGAAAUGCACUGUACAACAGAAACAUGUGGAAGCCUUCUCUUAAUAUUUUGUUCUAAAAGUCUUAAGCGUGAUCAGAAUACAGGAAACGGUUUUAAAUUAUUGAAUGAGGUAUGUUUAACGGGAUAUUUUCUUAAUCUUGUUCAAUUACAAAGCAGUCAGCUGAAUGCUUUGUAUCUAAUUAGACUCUAAUGACGUUGAUAUUGUUUAUUUUGUGGCUGCAACCUGUUGGGAAUAAUGGGAAGUAAUGUAAUUAAAUGUAACUGCCAAAUACACUGGUGAUGACGGGGCUUUAUUUUUUCCUGCUGUGGUAAAACUGACAUUUCAUUAAUAAACAGUGUCUUUUUUCCCAUUC